AUGUUGGGGGAUUUCAUUAAUCGGUGUCUCAUACUCCUCCUAGGGUAUGCAUACCCUGGAUUCGAAUGCUAUAAAACUGUGGAGAAAAAUAGGGUUCAGAUUGAGGAACUUCGCUUCUGGUGUAAAUACUGGAUCAUUGUGGCAAUUUUCACUGUGUUGGAAAAGUUUGCAGAUAUAUUUAUUUCAUGGCUGCCACUGUAUGGAGAGAUGAAGUUGGUGCUCUUUGUUUACAUGUGGUAUCCCAAAACCAAGGGGACGGGGUAUGUUUAUGAGACAGUGCUGAGGCCAUUCCUAUCAAGCCACGAAAAUGAGAUUGAUAGGACAUUACUAGAGUGGAAGGCAAGGGCUUGGGAUUAUGUCAUAUUUUAUUGGCAAUACUGCGCACACUUUGGCCAAAACGCAUUUGCACAGGGUCUUCAGCACUUGGCUUCUCAGUCUACGAGAAUUUCUCCCAACUCAACUACUCAGAAAAACGACAUUCAAGACCAAAGUGCCCCCCCACAAAUGGCUUCAAAACAAUCAUCGUUUCAGAUGAAGCAAAAUAGUUCCCUAAGCAGGAGCAAGAAGUGGCCGCCAAGUUCCCCAUCAACACCAAAUCACACAAUCCACCGUAACAUCUCUGAGACACCAACUUCGUUUGAAGAGGAGGAUGAGGCAUAUGAACCUGAACCUGUUACAAUGGAUGAAGGUCAAGAUGAUGAGCGCGUGAGCGUGAAAGACAAGAUCAACCGUGCUCGUGCUAGGCUUAGACGAUUUGCAAUACUCGGUUCAAGUUGA